CGCCACACCGCUAAACGGUUGGAAUAGUUGUGCAAUAUAGAAGGUUGAUAAACUAAUCUCGCUACCUUUUUUUUGCGAUUGUUUAACUUACAACGACGCGCGGCGGUGCGACGGAGACACCAGAUAUAGCGUACGACUACAUCCCGGAUUGUCCGCAGAUAUAGAAAUCCCCAUUCACCGAUUUUAGUCAGUCGAACGAGAAUAACACAGCGAAAAUGUUGCGUACUCUGUCACGCGUUAGCGAAUUGCCCAUUAUUGUUAAGCAACUGCAAAAACGUUGCCAAACCAACAACGUCAGCGGUUGGAUAUAUAACGUCAACAACAACAAAAGCAGCAACAACAACAUCAUCUGGAAUGGGAGAUAUUCAUCGUCGUUUUUCGGUUUAUUCCAGAAUGCAGCCCAGGCAGGUGUAUCAAAAACCAACAAUUAUGCCACGGAGGCCACGAUUUCAGUGAAUCGGCCCUUCAAGCUGCACCGCCUGGAUGAAGGACCCGCCACGGAAGUCAAGCUGACCAAGGAUCAGGCUCUCAAGUACUACACACAGAUGCAGACGAUCCGUCGGCUGGAAACCGCUGCCGGCAAUCUGUACAAGGAGAAGAUCAUCCGUGGCUUCUGUCAUUUGUACUCCGGCCAGGAGGCCUGCGCCGUUGGCAUGAAGGCGGCGAUGCGGGAUGUGGACAACAUCAUAUCGGCGUACCGUGUCCACGGAUGGACCUACCUGAUGGGCGUCUCACCCAGUGGUGUCCUCGCGGAACUCACGGGCGUCCAGGGCGGCUGUGCGCGCGGCAAGGGUGGCUCCAUGCACAUGUACGCCCCGAACUUCUACGGCGGUAAUGGCAUCGUGGGUGCCCAGGUACCCCUGGGUGCCGGCGUCGGUCUGGCCUGCAAGUACAAGGGCAACGGCGGCAUGUGCCUGGCUCUCUACGGAGAUGGCGCUGCCAACCAGGGACAGGUGUUCGAGGCCUACAACAUGGCCUACCUGUGGAAGCUGCCCGUGAUCUUUGUCUGCGAGAACAACAACUACGGAAUGGGAACCAGCUCGGAGCGUGCGUCCUGCAACACGGACUACUACACGCGCGGUGAUGCCCUGCCCGGCAUCUGGGUGGACGGCAUGGACGUGCUGGCCGUGCGCAGUGCCACCGAGUUCGCCAUCAACUAUGUGAACACCCACGGACCGCUGGUGCUGGAGACGAACACGUACCGUUACUCCGGCCACUCGAUGUCUGAUCCGGGCACCUCGUACCGCACGCGCGAGGAGAUCCAGGAGGUGCGCCAGAAGCGCGACCCCAUCACCUCCUUCAAGGAGCUGUGCAUCGAACUGGGUCUGAUGACCACCGAUGAAGUCAAGGCCAUUGAUCUAAAGGUGCGCAAGGAGGUCGACGAGGCCACCGCCUUCGCCAAGUCCGAUGCCGAGCUGGGCGUGAGCCACCUCUGGACGGACGUCUACUCCAACAACUUGGAGCCCAAGCUGCGCGGCACCAUCGCCUACGAUAUCGAUCACAUCCAGGAACGCAAGGGCGUCAAUCACUAAGUCACCGGGCCAACGAAUCUUCGAAUUCGGGAACUCACAGGAUACAAAAUCGAAGAAAGAAACAAAAGUCAGCAGACGACAGCAAACAGACAACAAACAGAAGAACAUACAGACAGACAGACCAGAAAGACACACAACUCAGACACUUAGACGCAAGCGAAAUCUCUAGAUCUUAAGCCGAAUGUUGAAUGAUGAGAACCCCGUAGACCGGAUCCCCGAAGGACCCACAAACAAGCUUAGCUAAUCGGAGCACUCCAACCACAUCGUAGCGCACCACAUUACUCUGGGGAACUGCAUUGGAUAUUAUAUUGCGAACGUGUUCAGUAAGGAUAAAGCGAGGUGUAAAUUGUUGAAAAUAUACAUACCUAGAAAAAUUAA